UGUGCGAGUCAUUUUUGAAGCCUUUUCGUCACCACAGUCAUUGCAGGCGUUGAUCGUCUUCAGUUCUCCUCUUCUUGAGACCUGCCCUCUUCUUGUCUCCAAGUAAGUAUUGUCCCAGCGCUAUGCUGCCUGUGUUACUGCUGGUGUGGACUCUUCUGGGUCUUGGUUCAAAUCCUCUAGCGACGGAUUCCCCUCAACUGUGCCCUUUGACCAAAGAUCACUUCGAUUACGACCCACGAGGAAGUACAGUCUCGUCCAACUGGGCAGCGAUCUCCUCGUGCUGCAGCUCCCCUGUCCGCCAGUCUCCUCGUGACCUUGACCUCAGUGCCAUCCCCACACAGUACUGUAGCAGGCCGUUUAGUAUUCAGUACCACCAUUCUGCCAGUCAGCAAGGAUUACUCUAUAACAACGGCCAUGCUCCCAACAUCGACAUCACGACUGCCUACCCAGCCUUCCUAACUGGCGUGCCCUAUGCCCCGGAUGACAAGUAUGUCUUGGUGGGAAUCCACUUCCACUUCAGCAAUGGCAGCAUAGGCGGCUCCGAACACUCGCUCAACGGAAGCAAAUUCGAUGGCGAGAUGCAUUUAGUGCACUACAAAGAGAAGUACGGGUCUAUGGCCAACGCUGUGCUGAAAGAAGACGGGCUUGCGGUCAUCGGGGCCUUCCUGGUGAAAUCCCUUGAACAAAUAGAACCCCCAAAACGUCCACUGGAUCUGUUGCUGGAAUAUUUCAUCUCCCUUACCGGAUUCGGGAAAGCUGGCGGUGUCAAUGUGGCGCUGGACGUGCGAGCGUUGCUCCCGGACAGACUCGACUUCUACACCUACGCCGGUUCUCUGACCACACCCUCCUGUUCCGAGUCCGUCAGGUGGAUGGUCCUGGCCGAUCCUUUAGCGGUCAACCCAUCUUCGCUGGACAUUCUCCGACUUCUCCCAAUGGGCGCCGACGACGACAGGCUCAUUUCUCUCUUCUCUAACGUACGUGAUCUUCAAGAUAAUCCGCAGCCGGUGGAGACCAAUUUCCCUUGCUGGAUCCAGGACGUUGACUCAAACCCCUCGUCAAAUUGAGCUUUGUAUCUGAAUAAAUUGUUUCCUUCUUUUUAGAACACCCUUGUCUUACAAACAUGCUUGCUACACUCAUCAGUGAGAGGGUACUAAAACUAAAGGCUCCUUCUAUACUUGCAUGAGCUCUGAUCUGAUCUGUCUCUAACAAACGCUCUUUUGAAAAAAUAUUACUUGUACUGAUACUGAUAGCUCAGUUGGUAUCAUGCUGGCCUAUAGGGCGUUUGGCCCUGGUUCCAAUCCCAGAAGGGAUGCACUUGAGCUUGGGUUGUUUUGAGUCUUCAAUUUCAAUGUUUUCCUUAGCUCGGUGCUAUUAAAUUAAAAGAUAGAAGGUAAAACCGGAGUUUCCUCGAGCAUUAUAAUUUACCAGUACCAACAGGGAUUGCAGGGGCACUGAACAACGAAAGUUUUCUAUUUUUCUUUUAGGGUGUUUACCCUCCAGAGUCAAACAUGCGUAUAUUAUUAUAGGACAGGCUUCAGUUUUUCCGUCACUAUCAGUCUUUUCAUUAUUGUUCUUUAAAUACUAUUUAAUAUUCUUUUGAGGACUGGUUUGGGUUCUCCUCUGUGUCUUUUCUAAUGAAGGUUAAGUUAAAAAGAUCAAUUGCUCAAAACCGUAGGGCUUUGAAACUAUGUUUGUUAAAAGGUUUUGUUACAAAUUUUAACAAUACUUAUUUUGCUUUUGAUUCAUUUCAAUUCAAUGUACAAUUCUGUAAACAUAAUUAGAAGUGUUUAUGAAAAAAAGUAAUAAAAUUCAGACUUCUUUCCGAAACAAAAGAAA